AUGGCCGACACAGCAGUAGCAUCGGAGACACCCGCGCCGGCGACGCCCGCCAAGAAGGCACCAAAAGCGGCAGCGGCGGCCGCCGCCGCGAAGAAACCCAAGGCGAGACCAACGCACCCCAAGACUUCCGACAUGGUCAACAGCGCGAUCAAAGAGCUCAAGGAGAGGAGCGGAUCGUCCCUGCAGGCGAUCAAGAAAUACAUCGCCUCGAAUUAUAGCCUAGACGCCGAGAGGUUGGCGCCGUUCAUAAGAAAGUAUCUCAAGCGCGCGGUCGCCUCCGGCACCCUGAUUCAGACGAAGGGCAAGGGCGCAUCGGGCUCGUUCAAGAUAGACAGCAAGUCGGGAACCGGCGGCGGCGCGGCGAAGAAGGCGACGGCCGCCUCCGCGUCCUCCGCGGCCAAAUCGGUGAAGAAGCCGAGCGCACAAGCCGCCAAGAAGACCCCCGCGAGCGCGGGCGCCAGGAGCAAGAAGGCCGCCGCCGCGGCCGCCGAGACCGCACCGCCAAAGACAAGAAGGCAGCCGCUGCGGCCAAGAGGAAACCGGCCGCGUCGGCCGCUCCGAAGAAGGGUCGCGGCGUCGCGGCCGCCGCCGGCGCAGACAUUGAUAGUAAUGAUUAUUUUAAUUGGCAUCGUGACAUAUAGACAAAUGGUAAUUAAACCUGAAACAAAAGGACAUCCUGAAAAAGAACAAGUUCCUGAAAACCCCAGUCAAGUAAAAGUGAAUCCCAGACAUAUUUCAUCAGCAACUCUCUCACACAAAGUUCUCGAAUAG